AUGAGUGAAGAAAACCCAACUAAUGGGAAAGUCGUCAAGCGAGCCUGCACAGAGUGUCGGCAACAGAAGGCAAAAUGCGACGCCUAUUUAGAACCCGACAAGCCCUGCUCGAGAUGUCGGAAGAUGCACAGAGAGUGUAUGAUCUCAGAACCGUUCAAAAGAGAACAUAAGCGCAAGCGACUUUCCGAGCUUGAGCAGCAGACGGACGAGCUCCAAGAACGUCUCCGAGCCUCGAGUCAUCCAGAAUCUGCGAUAUUGCCCGGGUCGUCCUGGGCUGCUGUCAAUGACCUGCCAGCCGCUAAUACAGAUACCGACAGCCGUCUAGCGUCGGUUGCACCUUUCUUCACUCAGGAUGCGAUUGCGCCUGUGUCGUUUCGAUCCUUCUCCCGAACAGCCGGAGAGUGCUUACAGACCCCAGAGAGCCUGCCCCAUGAUUUCCAGCCUUCAGGUGCCUCGCCACGAACUAUAGACGGACAUACCGUCGAUUCGAAGGACAUCGAUGCCCUGUUUCAGCUUUACUUUCGCGACUAUGCAGGCCUUCUACCUAUCCUCGAUCCGUCAAUCACACCCGACGGAUACUAUAAACUCUCCCCUUUCCUCUUCUGGGCGGUGAUCGGAGCCUCCUGUCGAACAUAUUCGAAGAACCCUACACUACUUUCUGUUUUACCGCUCAAGAUUCAGACGAUGGCUCUAAUGUCUCUGAACUCCCACCAAGUCACGUUGGCCAUUGUGCAAGGGAUGUUACUCCUCCUCCAUUGGCCGUUUCCAAAGUCAAAUAAUGGGCACGACUUGACAUAUCCACUCUCUGCAGCUGUCUUACAUAUGGCAAUGCAGAUCGGACUACACCUACCGGUUGCAAGCCAGGAGUUUAGUAAGAACCGGGUCAGACUCACCGAAGAAGACCUCAGAAUACGUGCUGAGACGUGGGGAUAUUGCACACUCAUCUAUCAGCGAUUUUGCUGGUACAAGGGCAAUCCGGCGACUCCAAUGUUAGACGUCCCUCAUGAUCUCGAACAACGACGAGAGCUAUUCCAGAGAAUAUCCCCAAAGUUGAAGUUCGAACUAAAGUUGCAAGAUGUCGUCACGAGAUGCUGCAUAGCGGUGGCCCAGAACGGGCUCCGCAACAUGACGGCCGAGCACGAGAGAUCUCUGGACACCCUGCUUAAUGUCUUCCUGGCCCAGAUCACUAGUGUCGGACUGGAAUGCGCCUCCGAACUCCACCACCUCUACGUCCAAGUCGCCACACUGGUCGUUCAAGCGUUCAAUUUAUGGAAGAGUCCAGCGGCGCAAGACCCUACAGCCCUUUACGACCUCUGUGUUUCGUGUUGUCGGGCUAUCGAAUCCUUCGAGGCUCUGGACAAGUCCGGACAUAUAUGCCUGUCUGCCUCAGGGAUUUACUUCAUAUACAGUAUGAUGGUGCCCAGCCACAUUCUUCUGCGGCUGCUCAAGACGUCCUUCAGCCGGUACAUCAACGUUGAAAGAGCCCGAUCUGCCCUCUUUCUGGGAAUCAGUCUCCACAAGAAGAUGAGCGUGCAGAACGAUGAUGUCCCUGCACGUAAUGGUAUGGCUCUCACGCAGCUCUGGAACAGUGCGCAUGUCUUCAAAAGACAAAAUGGAACCGAAGCGGUCGCCCUGCGCAUUCGCAGUCGAUUGACGGGUAGCAUUGUCCUCGAUGGCGUGGUCUGGUGGCGGGAGGAGUUUGGAGGCCUCAUGGGCGUCUAUCCGCCGCCACUAUGUGACAAUCGGAACGAGGAGGCUCCUCGAAGCGAUUCGGCUGGUGGGUCUAACGAGACUGCUAUGACCGAGAGUGCGAUGCCUUCGGUAAUAAGGCCAGACUAUUCGACGUUCAUGGACGAUCCUAUGUUGACCGAAUUUGGCUGGCCUGUCUCGGACGAUAUCUUUUCAUCGAUCUGGACCGAUGGCCAAGUACCUGCGAUAUGA